AUGCUGUACGAAAAAGUCCGCUUCGACCGCCUACGAAGGGUCACUGAAAAGGCCGUGGAGCAAACAGUCAAAAAGCUGCUUCAACAAGAACAGAUUGAAAAAUGCUUCCCUACAAUUAGCGAGAUGAAAGGUGGAAAGUCCGCGUUGGAGACCGCCAGAAAGCAGAUCCUACAGUACUUCCAACUGACGCUGGAGAAGCAGUUUCAGUACAUCUUCGAGCAAAAUGACAUUGAAAGGAAGCUCGACGAGCUUGAUGAGAUAAUCCAGGCGGCUCAGGCAAGAAGAGAUCUGGAUGCUGAAGAACCGCUUUUCAUAGAUAAACUCACGCCACAACAGCUUAUAGAUGCCAGAGUUGGAGCGUCAAAAGCGGAGACGGUGACUAAAUUGAAGUUGAUAUAUGAGCAACUUCUUCUAGAUAACAAGCAGCUUCACGAGGAGAUCGUCGGGCUUGUUGAGGAAGGGUCUACAAUCAAGGACGAUUUGCUUCUGCAAGUGGACGCUUUGGCCAGCGGAGUUGAUGAGAUAAAAAAGGCGGAGUUUGACCAUAAUUACGACAGGUUAAUCGAAAGGGUGCUUAGAUGA